AUGGAGAAGAAGGCAAGGGGAAAGACGCAGAGCCAGGAGGAGGUGGAAUGCAAAAAGCGGGAAGAGAGGAGCGAAAAGCGAAAAGCGAAAAGCGAAAAGCGAGAAAAGAAAGAAGCAGACAAAUCGACAGGACGGCCAGAAGGAAGGACCGACCAGAUGAAGGGCGACUGCGGCGGUGGUGGCAGUGGCAGCAGUGGUGGGCCUUGGGCGCCGAAGGCCCAGCAGCAGGACGCUAUAAUUACUCUCCGGAUGCUGGGCUGUGCUCCAUCCGCCUGCAGCAAAGAGUGCAUGCACAGCACAGCUGCGCAGUCCAUCCCAGCCCUCCUGCGCCGAUCAGGCCGCUGCUGCUGUGCUGGCCGCCGCGGCUUUUCGCCACCCUCUCCUUCUGCGCUGUUCCAUGCCGUCUUCCGUCGUCCGUCUCUCAUCAUCCCCAUCUGCCUGCCCCGUCGCCACUGCCCCAUCGCACCAACGCUCUCCCAGACCCUCGUAUCCCCCCACAGCUCAUUUCGCUCUACCCGUUUCCCGGACAGCCUCCUGGGUCGGCUGCCAAUCUCGCGCCCACGCUAA